AUGAAACAGGCUACCAUAAACGUGGACGGAAGCUAUAUAUCAAGCACAUCCGGAUGGAUGGCAAGUGAAGACACCGCGGGAGACACGCACAAGGAGGUUGACGGUGCUGAGACCGCUGCACAUGGCGUAUGCAGCGAGGACGAGGGCGCUGAAAACCGUUGGGCAGAUUGUCGCGUAGUCCACGAUCGACCACGCAAGCAGAGGAUUCUCCCAGGCCAGGAACAGGAGGUCGUUGUCGGCAUCGACAGGGUGUUCGAUGCCAUGGACGAUGGUAGAGAUAACUACCAUCAUGACCGGCAGGGACAAGAGGCAUGGGACCAACAUCUUGUAUGGCGUUACUGUUUGGUGAUACUGGCGAGUAUUAGCGGCGGAAGAAGUCGUUUUGCUUGGGUGAGCGAGUCGUUGAGAGAGCGGGACUACGGCAAAGAAGAACGAAAGAGAAAGAUUCGAACUUCUUUCUUCUCAGAGUCUUCGUUGUUCUCUGGCUGUUCGAACGAGGCACUGCGACCUCGCGUCUUUGAUAGAGGGAGGGAGUGGGCCAGGUUGGAACAGGGGAUAUGUUGGCGAAUAUCCGGCUGUUGUCGAGAUCGAAGAGUCGAGGAACGGCGUCAGUGA